AUGGAUCCAGGUCUCUGCACUAUUCAUUGUGCUGAUUAUCUUUUUAAAUAUGCAGCACUAACAGGUGGAAAUAAGUGUAGAUGUGGUAAUGACAAUGGUUUAGAUUCUUACAUUAAAUUAACUAACGAUAAAGUACCUAAUAUAGACAUCAGUCAAAAACUUGAAAUAAUUAAUGACCUUUACCUUAAUAAAGAUAUUAGAUAUAAAGGAUGUUAUAAGGAAAGUCCUUAUUGUAAUAAAAGAUUUUUAAAUGGUACAUCAGAGGAAGCUUCUGGGAUGACAAUCGAAAAGUGUUUAAAAUUUUGUGGAGAGAAUAAAUAUAAGUAUGCGGGACUCGAGAAAGUAUUUAAAUCUUUUGAUUAUCAUACUCAGGUAGGAUCGCAGUGUUUUUGCGAUAAUGAUUAUAGAAGCCUAACCAGACUUUCUAUAGAAGAAUGUAGUUCUAGUUGCGAAGGUAAUAAUUCACAAAUUUGUGGGGGUCCUUUAGCCCUUAGUAUAUAUAAUGCUUCAGAUUUUAUAGUUAAUUCACCUCCUCCAGGUGGUCCUUCG